GGUACAGUGAGUCUCAACCAAACAAACCAACUACUGCAAAUGCAAUGCACAUAGCUUCUGCAACAACAAUCAUGUCCACAACCAAUUCCCUUUCUUCAUCUUCAUUUCGAUUAUUCACAUCUAAAUUCCCUCUUUCCUUCUUCAACAAAAAUACCUCACCUUUCGUCAUUACACCAAAAAACAUCCUCUUCUCUUUCAAACCCAUCACCUUCCAAACACUUCCAACAAAACCAUUACCAUCAUCAUCAUCGUCAUCAACUUCCCUUCAACCUAUUGAAGAACUCCCUCCAAAGCUUCAAGAAAUCGUUAACCUAUUCCAAUCCGUACAAGAACCCAAAUCUAAAUACGAACAGCUUCUCUUCUACGGCAAAAACCUCAAACCCCUCGAACCCCAAUUCAAAACAAAAGACAACAAAGUCGAAGGUUGUGUUUCUCAGGUUUGGGUCCGAGCCUACUUGGACAGUGACAAAAACGUUGUAUACGAAGCUGAUUCCGAUUCUGUUCUCACCAAAGGUCUCGCUGCUUUGCUAGUUCAAGGCUUUUCGGGUCGACCCGUUAACGAAAUCAUUCGGGUCACGCCCGAUUUCGUUGUGCUUCUCGGGUUGAAACAGAGUUUAACACCUUCUAGAAAUAAUGGGUUUUUAAAUAUGCUUAAAUUGAUGCAGAAAAAAGCACUUUUGCUUUAUGUUGAAGAUGAGAAAAAGGGUGCUUCUGAAUUUAACUCAGUUGGAGAUUCUGAUUCUAAAGAUGAUAGCUUUGUUGAGAAUUCGAGUGACCCUUUUGUGAUUUCAUCACAAAGUUCUGAUUUUGAUGAUGAGAAUGUUGAAUUGGGAGGGAGAGGGAAGAGGAUUAAGGAGAAGCUUGAAAAGGAGCUUUUUCCUAUUGAAUUGGAAGUUGAAGAUGUGUCUUAUCAACAUGCUGGACAUGCUGGUGUUAGAGGGAGUGAUGGUGAGACACAUUUCAAUGUUAAAGUUGUUUCUGAAGAGUUUGAAGGGAAGAGUUUGGUUAAGAGGCAUAGGCUUAUUUAUAAUCUGCUUCAAGAUGAGUUGGAUUCUGGACUUCAUGCUUUGUCGAUUGUCGCUAAGACGCCUUCUGAAGUUUAAUGCAAAGGAAGAGAGGAACUUAAGAAUCUGAGGCCUCAACUUUAUUCGGCUGCAGAAUACUGUGAAAAAUCUUAUCUCCAUAGUG